AUGGAGGCUGCCCGCCAGAUGCCCGCGGAGGCCAGCGGCGCUCUGGCGCGGCUCCUGGACGACCCCGCGGGGUUCUUCGCGGACAGCGAUGCCGCGGAGGUGACGAAGCGGAUAUGCAAGAUGCUGUUCGACGAGCUCGCCGCGUACGCGCAGGACGGCGGGCUGUCGUCUCUGUUUGUCGACGGCUUCGACGCAGAGCAGAUCUGGGGGCAGCUGGACAUGCAGGCGGGCGUCCUGAACGCGCGCGCGAAGAAGCUCAUCCGCGCUGGCACCGAGUCGGGCGACGCGGGGCUCCUGACGCCCGAGGGCGCCGCGCUGCUGGACCAGCUCCUUGGCGGCGCUGCGGCCGUCGCCGGCCGCGGCUCGGACGCGACGGGGAGCAGCGACGGCGACGACGGGGACGGAGGGUCUGACCGGGAGAGAUCGGAGGCGACGUCCUCCGAGCGAGGAAGCUCGGGGGAGGACCGCGGCGACGACGACGGCGCCGACGGCAGCGACAGCGACGCGGAGGAGGAGGACGGCGACGCGGGCGCGGACGUGGACGCGGACGAGCAGGCGCAGUUCGAGCGGGCGCUGCGGCUGGAGCCCGGCACGCGGACGCUAAUGCAGGAGCUGGCGGAGAUGAACGACUUCGUGAAGCAGGCGGAGCGCGAGGCCGGGGAGGCGAGCGACGGCGAGGACGACCUGCGCAGCGACGGGGGCGGGUCGACGGAGCCGUCCGAGGCGGGCAGCGACGGGGAGGAGGAGGACGGCGACGACGACGGUGACGGCGAGGGGGCCGGAGGGGCGCGGAAGCGGGCGCGCGGGCUGUUCGAGAGCGACAGCGAGUCGGGGGGGUCCGGCGACGGCGCGGCGCGUCUGUCGCGGCACCAGCGGCAGCAGGCGGCGCUGCGGCGGCGCAUCGCGGCGCUGGAGGAGGCCAACGCGGGCGAGAAGCCGUGGGAGCUGCGCGGCGAGGUGGAUGCGCGGAGCCGGCCGGUGGACUCGGCGCUCGAGGUGGACCUGGACUUCGAGCAGACGCUGCCGCCGGUGCCGGCGCCCACGGAGGAGCUGGCGGGCAAGCUGGAGGACGUCAUCCGGCGGCGGUGCGCGGAGGAGCGGUGGGACGACGUGGUGCGGGUGGCGGAGGAGCGGGAGGGCGCGGGGAGGCGGGCGCGCGUGGAGCUGGACGACAGGAAGUCGGAGCGCGGGCUGGGCGACAUCUACGCCGACGACUACGUGGCGCGGAAGACGGGGGGCGGGGCGGAGGACCCCGCGGCGCCGCUGCACGAGGAGGCGCGGGCGCUGUUCGCGCGGCUGUGCGCGGCGCUGGACGCGCUGUCGCACAACCAGUUCGCGCCGGCGCUGCAGGCGGCGGACCUGGAGCCGGUCCGGGUGUCGGUGCCGGCGGUGGAGCUCGAGGAGGUGGCGCCGGUGGCGGCGGCGGGCGGCGGGACGGCGGCGCCCGAGGAGGUGCACGAGCCGAGCCGGAGGGAGGCGCUGGGCGUCGAGGACAGCCGGGCGCGCAAGAAGGCGCGGCGCAAGGCGCGCGGGCAGGAGAAGGCGAAGCGGCAGCCGGAGAAGUUCGCGCACGGGGUCAAGGUCGUGACGGCGGAGGACUACAACGAGCGCAAGAACAGGGCCGUGCCGUCCAGCGCCGUGCUCAAGGGGUAG